ACAAAACAACCUGUUCACACUUGAAAAGCUUGGAAUGGUUGUUUAAACAAAAGCAGACUUAAAGUUUGAGAGCUCAGCCAUGAACGUAUUUUAGCAUUAAAUUACAAUACAUUUUACCACAGAAAACGCAGUUAUCUUCCUCAGCAUCAGGUGGCAGUAAAAGCCCUUACGCCUCUGGUGUUUGUUUCCUGUCGCUAUUAAUAGACAAGAAGAAGAAGAAGAAAACGACGACGACGACGAAGAAGAAGAACGCCCAUUAUUUUUUCUCGCACAAUCGAUUUGUGCUGAAAUAAUCACCAGGCAGAAGAAGACCAAGCGCUGCAAUGGACGGAGAUGUUGCAGUUGGUGUGAAGAGAGGCUCAGAUGAGCUCAACAUGUAUGGCAGCAGUCCAAACUCACUGGCUGCGAAUGGCAGUGACAGUAAGAAACAGCGUCUGGAUGAAUCGCCUCCCUCCAGAGUUCUCCACAUCAGGAAACUUCCCAACGAAGUCUCAGAGACUGAAGUCAUUGCUUUGGGGCUGCCGUUUGGAAAAGUCACCAACAUACUGAUGCUCAAGGGGAAAAAUCAGGCAUUUCUGGAGUUGGGUACAGAGGAAGCAGCCAUCACUAUGGUGAACUACUACACAGCUGUCACACCACAGGUCAGAAACGCAACUGUCUUCAUCCAGUACUCCAACCAUAAAGAACUGAAAACAGAUUCAGCUCUGAAUCAGAGGGCUCAGGCAGUGCUGCAGGCAGUGUCAGCAGUUCAGGAUGGAGGCUCCCCAUCUUCUGACCCCGGAGCUCUGGACCUUGCUCCACCCCCCAGCCCCGUCCUGCGAAUUAUUAUCGACAACAUGUUUUAUCCAGUGACACUGGAUGUUCUUCAACAGAUCUUCAGUAAGUUUGGGACUGUGAUGAAAAUCAUAACCUUCACCAAAAACAACCAGUUUCAGGCUCUGCUGCAGUUCAGUGACCCAGUCAAUGCACAGCAAGCUAAACUGUCUUUGGAUGGACAGAACAUCUAUAAUUCAUGCUGCACUCUGCGGAUAGACUUCAGUAAACUGGUCAACCUCAACGUCAAAUACAACAAUGACAAGAGUCGAGAUUACACCAGACCUGACCUUCCCAGUGGAGAUGGAGAGACGACUAACAAGGACCAUUCUCUGUUGGGUACCCCAUCUGGAGCACUAGCUUCCUACUCUAGUGGAGGAGGUUACUCAUCUUCUUUGUCCCUCUCACAGGGUGGAGGGACCAUAAGUCCUCUGAGUGCUGCAGCGGCAGCAGCAGCAGCUGCAGGUCGUGUUGCUCUGUCUGGCUCUGGAGUGUCGGGGGUCCUGUUGGCGUCCAACCUAAAUGAAGAGAUGGUCACGCCUCAAAGUCUCUUUACCCUCUUCGGAGUCUAUGGUGAUGUCCAGAGGGUGAAGAUCCUCUACAACAAAAAAGACAGUGCUCUGAUCCAGCUGUCUGACGGAAACCAGGCUCAGCUGGCUAUGAGUCACCUGAAUGGUCAAAAGGUGUAUGGUAAAGUGAUGAGAGUGACUCUGUCCAAACAUCAAACUGUGGCUUUACCCAGAGAAGGACUGGAUGACCAGCUCCUAACUAAAGAUUUCUCUGGCUCUCCACUUCACCGUUUUAAGAAGCCAGGAUCCAAAAACUUCCAGAAUAUCUUUCCUCCCUCUGCCACACUUCAUCUCUCCAAUAUCCGGGACGGCGUAGGCGAGGACGAUCUUCGCCUUCUGUUCUCAAACAGUGGAGCAACUGUCAAAGCCUUCAAGUUCUUCCAGGAUCGGAAGAUGGCGCUGAUCCAGAUGUCGUCAGUAGAGGAGGCGAUCCAAGAGCUGAUGAAGCUUCACAACUACGACAUGGGAGGGAAUCACCAUCUAAAAGUUUCCUUUUCAAAAUCCACCAUCUAAGCCUCGCACAUUAAACAGCCACGAGGAGCAAGGACUUUCUGUUUUCAACAUCUUCUGCACUGUCCCCAAAUCUUAAAUUAGGUUGUACAGCAUCACACAUGAUCAGUGUCUCGUCUGGUCAGGAGGGGAAAAUAAAAAACCUGUCACAAGGAUACGAGCUUAAAAUUAUAAUGCAGUAAUCUAGGGGUGUCACGUUCUCAAUUGUAAAUUGAAUAUUGAUUGAAAACGACAUCACAAUCUCGACCUUUGAAAGUGAAGGUGGAGGAAUUAACCACGCCCCCAGUGUGAGGUCCUGCACGCCUGCACACGCUAAAACGAUAAAUUAUAUAUAGAUAUAGACGUUAUUCAGUACACAUUUGGUGACUGUAACAUCAGAUUGAAAAAAAAAAAAUCUUUUAAAAAAUGAAAAGGUUUAUCAUGAUCCUGGACUAAUCAAGAAAAGUCUAAAACUGUCAGAACCAUCUGCGCUAAAAAGAGCGAUCGGGAAUCGAAUCAAGGAUUUGGAGAAUGAUGACACCCCUAACAUCUUGAUCUUGUGACAUCAGUUUGCUGCAGAAAGAUCUGAUUUUUAAAAAGUCCAGAUGUAUGAAACAAAUAACAUAAUUUGUGAGGACAUACUUAGACUUAUUUAAAGUGAGUUGAUCAGAUUUGUGAUUUAAGAUUUCGGUGCAGAGCAGAAGAUUCUUGGAAGUUUAAGUGACAUUCUUAAGUUUGGGGAAAAGCUGAAAUCUCUUGUCGACCAGAUCAUCUGAUUUCAGUUCAGCCUUCACCUCUUACACAGAUCUGUCAGCCACGUGCACACACACACACACAGGUUUGUGCAGCUAUUCUUCUUAGGACACAGCAUUGAACCCCAUUCAUUUGGACUAAACAGAGUUAUCCCUAACAUUAGCCAUAACCAUUUAUCCCAAACCUGAACCCUAUCUCAAAUAUCAGCCCUAAACUUAAACCAGUUCCUCAGAGUUGAGGUUCUGCCUCAUUAGGACCAGGUUUUGGUCUCCAUGAGGACCACUGGUCCUGUGUUUAUACCUGAAACGUACACGCACACAGCCAUGAGCAUGUGGUUCUGGUCUGGGUCGUUGACCCGUCAGGACCAAAGUUCAUGCACCUUUGUUCUGUGGUCUGAUCUUUACUGUUGAAUCUUAUGUGUCUUCAAAGAAUUAUUCUUAUUCUUGUUUGUUGAUCCUGAGUUGUAAACGUGUAGAAACAUAGAUGUGAGACGAACAGAAACAGCUACUGUUUUAUUCCUGAGUUUAUUUUUGGAUGGUUGUUCUGCAGGGGGUUGUUUUUUAAAGUUUCAUUAGCUCAGUAUUUAUUUUUUUUUCUCUUCUCAGAUCAGCACAAAUUAAACGCAUCUUUUCUACCAAGGAACCCAAAGUAAACACGUGUUUGUGUAUGUUUGGACUCUCCUCCGUCUUACUGUCAAUAAACUUCUGUCACUCUGUUCA